AGGACACGUGUCGAGAGAUCCCCAUAUUCUUACGAACGCAUACGUUGUCCUAGAUUCUAUAACACAUCAAAUCAAUCCCCAUUUUCAUUGUCCACCAAUGAGAGCAACCCACGUACCCAAAUUUGUUAUAGCACAUCAUGUGACAGUUAAUUAUCUGCUCCUAGUGCUACACGUGUCCGACCAUGUGUUUCUAUUUAUAUAGGCACGAAAAACACAAGUUUUUGAAGGCAAAGAAUCCGACUACGUAAAUUCUCGUCGGAAGAUAAAAAUGAGUCAAAGUCCGAGUCAAAGACGGAGGCUAAAUCCGCACGGAGCUGGCGAGUCGUUGACUGAGUUAGUCGAUGACUCGGCAAUUUACAAUGAGAUAAUUCUCCGUGCGGUUUUUGCCUCCAUGAAUUGGGAUAUUCAUGCUCUGUGUCAAACGGCGUCGGUUAAUCGGAAGCUUCGAGCACUCGCGAAAAGGCUAUUAUGGAAGGAGCUGUGCCUAUAUCGCGCUCCGCGCAUGAUAGCAUCGUUAAUGGACGGUGCGCCGAAUGGUCGGAUAGGAGUUGGAUGGGAGGCUAUAGCGAAAUUGCUGUUUUUCUGCUGCGGGUGCAAUUCGACCCGGCAUUUCCAAACGGGUGGGGCGUCUCCGGGUCAUUUCGUGGAAUCGUCCCGAUUUUCGAAGACGUCGGGUCAGAGCUUUUUGGUGAAGAGAUGCAGAACGGAUCUGCUGUAUGUGAGCGAUCCCUCAUGUGAGCAUAAAAUUAGGGGUAAGGAUGAUUAUUUGGGGAUUUUCAGAGGGGUAUUUGGGGGAUUUAUGAAGUCGAAGACGAGGGCGUGUUUGAUUAGUAAACAAGUAGAGCUUGAAGAAGGAGUGAGGUGUCCGUUCUGUGGGGCCCGAGUUUGGAGCAUGACAGCGGCUCGGCUCAUCCCUAAAAGCGCAGCGCGGCGGCUUGGGACGCUGGAAAAUGGGUUGGAGUAUUUUGCGUGUGUGAAUGGGCAUUUACAUGGAAGUUGUUGGCUUGUGCCUUUAUCGUCUGAUGAAGAUGACGGCAGAGACGUUGACGAUGAUGAAAAUGACGACGAUGAAGAUAGCGAUCACGACGAUGAUAACGGCAGAAUUGACGGUUUUCAUCGGAAGCAGAUGGUGAGUAAUGGAUCUGUGAGUGGUCAAAAGGAAUCAUAAUGGGUUUUGACUGAUGCUUGAUUAAAGAGGUGGUUGGUGGCAUCUGUUUGAAAUUUUUGAAGAAGAGUAUUCUGAAAAUUAUUUUUAUAUUAAUUUUUUCCAAGAAAAAUACGAAAGGGAGAAUUUUAUUUUUUUAAUUCUUCCUUGGUGUUUGGCUUAAAAACAUUAAUCUUAACAUCUCUUCUUCAAUUUUUUUUAAAAACCCACCUUAAAUUGGCCGGAUGAUCCUGCUAAAACUAUUAGUGAUGCAUUUUAUUCCGGGUUAUGAUGGUCCCAGAAGAUGACACGUUAAUCAAAAACAAUUGAAACCGUCACUUUGAAGUGUUUUCCACUUGAAAGAAACUAGGCUCUCUUUCUCAAGCAAGGAUUUUCCCCAUGAGGAGUGCCAAGAAUUGCGGUGCAGCAAAGGUGAUAAUGAUCCGAUGAAGCGAAUGCCAGCGAACAAAUUUGGGCGGCUCGCAGUAUUGGUGCCCAGGGCACAUGACAUUUAUGUGCAGUGACAAGAAUGCGUAUUUAUUGUCUGCGCAAAAAUGGGGUGUUUGAUCCCUGAUUGAAUGAAUGGAUUUUCUUUUUCUCUUGGCCUUCGAAUGAAUGGAUGAUUAUGUUUUUUCCCUUCAUCUUUUAGGUAUAAGAUGAGAGUAAUAAAUGAGCUAUGUUUAAUACAUUCGUUUGUGCAAAUUGGGCUCUUCAAGUA